AUGCAGAGACGGGGGCUGGUGCUGGUGGCCCUUCUAGGGCUCCUGCUGUGCUGCUGGUCUUUGCGCGUGGAGGGCGCUAAGGGAAGCAAGGCGAACCCCAGCCCAGGUUCGCCCGUUGCUGAGGAUGAGCCCGUUGGGGCUGAGGUGCCUGCAAAUGAAGCUGCGCCGGAUGAUCGGUAUCCUAGUGCCUUGAAACGCCUAAGGGGGGCAAUUCAGAGGGCUCAGCCCCUUUGGACGUUCAGAAUGCAGUCUUUACGGAGGAACCGUGAUGAAAUGAGGUAUGAGUCUUCAAAGGUCCCUAGAAAAGCCUCUAGGCACCGAGCGCUGCUACUAGCCCUAUUGAUUGGAACUGCUGUGCUUCUCCGUAGCAUUCACCUCGCUAUAUCCAGCAAUAAGUUUAGAGACAACAGUGCUCUCAGAAAGAGGCUCCAGGUGUGGAUGGAACUGUUAGAAAUUGAAAAGGCGAAACUGGCGAAGCUGAAAAACAACUUGGCGGAGUUGCAGAGUGCGAACGACCAUAAAGAGGGGCUCCUUCAGAGCCAGCGGCUGCACAUAGAACAGGAACAAAUGCUUUUGCGCGGCGAAGAGGAAGAACUGAAAAAGAAGGAGACCCGCGUGGAGGGUCUCAGGGAGACCCUGGAGGCGGUGGAGAGAGAAGUCGCACGGGCACAAAGUGUGUUAGAGGGGCGAGACUUGGAAAGCGAACGAGCUCAAAACAGAAAGACUAGGGGGUUUCGCACAGCUAGCCAGGCCGUUGACCUGAUGCAGCAGGUGGGGGCGGCGUUUGACACGGCGGCUUAUACAGGAUCUCGUUCCAAAUCGAGGUCUGCCUUUUCAGCGGAUCACAUGGAGCUCACGACAAUGCGUGCUGCAAUGUCCGUGUUAGACUCGCUCCCAAAGAAGCCGUUGACUUCCGACCAAGCCAAGGACAUUCUGAAAGCCCGCCGGCUGUUGCUGGGGGCCGUCGUCCGGUGUCAGGCUGCAACAUGGGGCGCCAUAAGGCGGCUACUGCAGCUGAAGGCGGAGUGGCAGACAGAGAUGCUUCUGGAGCAAUCCGGUGAAUCUGGGCUCGACAACUUGAGCGCCCUGGCGGAGGAGGAGUGGUACAUGCAAGAUAAGAUGCAAGAGCGCAGCAAGCGCGACCUCAAAUAUCUUGAAAACCAGAUGCAGAUAUGCUUGACGAGGCAGCAACAGCUGCAGGAGCGCCUGGCCUCUAGCGAACCCCUUGACGAGCAGGAAGUAAGUAAGCUGGAAGUCUUGCUCUUCCAUUGGGAAAACUACGAACUAACCGUGCGCGCCCGAAAAGCGCUCAUCUUGUCGACGGAAGCUCAGGCCUUUACAACCCGCGAGGCGUUUCUCAGGGAAAGGCUCGCGCGAGUGCAGCGAGCCUUCGACCAAAAGGCAUAUAGGCGGAGGCGGCUGCCGACCGAUAGCAUUCGGCUGACCGAGAUAGAGACAUCUAUUUCGGCAAUCAGCGAGGAGCUGGCGGAGCUCAAGCAGAUAUACGAUAUGGCCAAAAAUAUCAGAGCGGACUAUGAGUACACUCGUAUUGAAGGGGAGGAGCUGCCGACUCUGAGGAGCGACAAGCAGCCCUUAGACCCUCUGCAGCAUUUGGAAUAUGAAGACAAACGCCGUGAAAGUGUGUACUCGAGGCCUGUCACGGCCUCUCUGGUAAGAAGACAAACAGCAAUUCAGCUUCCACAGGGGCAGUAUCUCCCAACUUCUCUCGCCGCCCUUGCGCCUCCGGAAGAGCAAUCUGGACACGGUGACGUUGCUUACCGAUACGAAUACUACCACCCCGGGGCCGACGAUAGACGGAGAACAAUGGAAGCAGCUUCGCCGAGUUAUGAUAAUACCAGGGGAGUCCCAUUAGCUGGAUCUAAGGUCCUUGCGAAACUUGCAGCUGAAUCUAAGGUCCUUGAGAAAGUUGCAACUGAAUCUAAGGUCCUUGCAGAACUUGCCAACCUGAAUGAAUCUGCAGACGAUGGUGGAGUGCGUCGAGAUACGUUUGGCCGUGACGUGAAGGACAUUCCCUUGCUAGCAGCUCACACUCCCGUGUUGAUGCGGCCUCCAGAACCUGCCUAUAUCCCCGGCAGAUCACCCAGAUUACCCGAGGGCGUUGUCUUGGAACAGGACAUGACGGACGACGAAGCCAGUGUUUCACCGCCGAAAAGCAGGGUUGAUGAAGCCGGUGGAUGGCACAGCCCUGUUCCCUUCGUUGAUCUUUUCUCCUACAUAACAGCACGCCCUGAUUCACCAGAAGGUGGUGAUGGAUCUGCCAUGAAUAUGGGUGAGGAAGGCUCAGCGCUUGGCGAAGACAGUACAUCUGAAGAUGGAGAGGUUCCCCCGUUGCCAACUGCCCCGCCCGUUCCGCCACCUGUGUCUGAGGCUGCCGGUGUACCCGUGGCGGAGGCGGCGAUUACCCAAACUCCAGGCAGCGAGCAGGUGCCGGAGGAGCCGGAAUCAGGAGAUGAAGAACGACCUACAACUCCAUCAGAAGGGUCAGCCCGUUCAGAUCUGCGGAGCGAAUCUCCGAGCCCGCCGCCCA